AUGCAAUUCAAAACCACCCUUCUUUCCCUUCUUCCCUUCCUCUCCACCAGCUUGGCUGAAUCAUGGAGCAUCGAGAACUUCACCAGAGACUGCACCAAUCCUAACAUCUGCACCUACUUCUUCACCAUCAACACCGGCUCCUCCACCCAACACUGCACCACCGUAGACUUCUACACCCCAGCUGGGAACCAUUCCUGGUACGACACUCCCUGCGAAGAGGACUCCAACUACCACAUCUCUUGGGGCUGGGACUACCCCGGCGACUUCACGGUCCUGACCGUGGUCGACGAGGUCCGCCAACUCGAAGCUUUUUUCGGGUACAACGCUCCUAAUGCCGUGAACCCGGUUGCCAGCUAUCCGAAUGUAGGGCCGAAUGCUGUUCAGCCAACUGGGGCUAAGGCUGUUGCUGUUGUUGCCUGA